GUCCCUAUCUUGUACGUAACCCGGGGACUGCCUGUAUAGAGAACAAUUAGAAACUGAUUUGGACCUAUUAUAAAUAUUUCUAACACAGAACCAGGAAAAAUGACAAAUGACUUCACAGAAGAAAUGCAUUGGACAUGCCAAAACAAAAGGUAAAUCAAGAUUCCUUCCUAUUCUGUAUCUACAAUCAUUCCCAGAAAUACCAUUAUAUGAAAACAUAUUUUCUGUUCAAAGCAGUUGGAGACAAGUUUCCUGUUACUUGUGUGUAUCCUUCUUGUGACCCCGACUGAAUGCCUGUUCACUAUAAAAAUGAUCUUUCUAAGAAUAGAUUAACUGAAGUUCCUAUGGAGCUGUGCCAUUUUGUGUCACUGGAAACGCUAAAUCUGUACCACAAUUGUAUUAAAAUUAUUCCAGAUGCCAUAGUUAAUUUACAGAUGCUGACUUAUUUAAAUUUGAGUCGAAAUCAGCUUUCUUCUUUGCCAGCUUGCCUGUGUGGUCUUCCUCUAAAAGUUUUAAUUGCAAGUAACAAUAAGCUAGGUUCCCUUCCAGAAGAGAUAGGUCAGCUAAAACAGUUAAUGGAACUGGAUGUCAGCUGCAAUGAAAUCACUGCUUUGCCACAGCAGAUAGGCCAGUUGAAAUCUCUAAGAGAACUGAAUAUCAGAAGAAAUUACCUCAAGGUUUUACCACAAGAACUAGUAGAUCUUCCCUUGGUAAAGUUUGACUUUUCCUGCAAUAAAGUGCUCGUGAUUCCAAUUUGUUUUAGAAAGAUGGUGCAGUUACAAGUAUUACUUCUUGAAAACAAUCCUCUGCAGUCUCCACCAGCACAAAUUUGUAUGAAGGGUAAAGUGCACAUAUUCAAAUAUCUGAGCAUACAGGCUUGCCAGAUUAAAACAGCAGACUCACUUUAUCUUAAUGUCAUAGAGCGACCACACUUGCAGCAACCUGUGGAAGAGAACAUUGACGACAUAUAUCCAAGUAAGAAGGAUUCUGAUUCAGGUGUUGGCAGUGAUAAUGGAGAUAAACGUUUGUCUGCUACAGAGCCCUCUGAUGAAGAUACUCUCAGCCUUAAUGCACCAAUGUCAAACAUUCUGGAAGAAGGUCAGAUUAUAAAAGAAGAUUCAGGUCACCAUAUAAACCUAGUACAAGUGGAAUAUCGUCAAGGACCUUCUGAUAUGAUUCACAUUGAUAAGUCAAGAGACUCAGGAAACCAGUUUGUUGAAGGAUCACAGCCCCUCACUGCUGAAUUUAUGAGCUACAUCAAGGGCAGAGCAGCAGAAUGUGAUGAAUUACUGAGAAUAGAAGAGGACACACAUUGGCAAACAGAAGGAAUAUUAAGCGUGGAUAUUACAGAGAGCAGUGGUGUAAAUCUGUAUCCUGUGGAUCCAGCAACAGAUUUAAGAUUGCAGGAAUCAGCAGUAAAUGGCCAAAUGCAGAUGGAGGAAUUUGCUAUCUAUCAGAAUGAAAAAACAGAGGAGGAACUAAAAUUUCUGAAGCAAAGAGAAUUGUUAAUAGAGAAAAGCAAGACUGAAGCCAAAAUAGCAUGUGAGCAGGAUGAGAAGCAACUACUGAGUCAGAAUGAUCUGAAUGUCUGGAAUGUAGGAGGAUGCAGUUCACACAAUGAGAGUAAAGCGAAAACUCCCAUACAAUCUCCUACUACAAGCAACACAGCUCCUUUUGGCCUGAAGCCACGAUCAGACCCACCCCUCACUCUUCCUCCUAUCUCCUUCAACAAACUUACGCAGGCUCAAACAUGGGACAACUAUAGCUACAGUAUCCCAUCUGAAGGGGACAGUGACAAUGUAUUUUUAAGGCCACAGAGAAAUUUGGAAUCUAUAGACCCUCAAUUUACAAUUCGGAGGAAGAUGGAACAGUUGCGAGAGGAGAAAGAGCUUGUGGAGCAAUUGCGCGAGAACAUUGAAAUGAGACUAAAGAUUUGUUUGCCUGAAGACUUGGGAUCUGCUCUUAUGGAUGGGGUCGUUCUCUGUCAUUUAGUCAAUCACAUUCGUCCUCGGUCUGUGGGAAGUAUCCAUGUACCUUCACCAGCCGUACCUAAACUUAGCAUGGCCAAAUGUAGAAGAAAUGUGGAAAACUUCCUGGAUGCAUGUAGGAAACUGGGUAUACCUGAGGAGAAGCUCUGCCUACCACAUCACAUCCUAGAAGAAAGAGGCUUGGUAAAAGUGAGCCUAACAGUUCAAGCAUUACUAGAUGUAACCACAAUGAAGCAAGCUUUAUUCACAUGAAACUACUAUUUCUGCUGUAAUCCGCUCCAGUGUGCCAUAAAAAUAUCAAAACAUUGCUCAUCUUUUCAAACUGCAUUGAAAAAUAUCCUUCUGUUCCAAAAGAAUAUUCCUACAUUUCUGAACUGAAAUAAUCUUUCGGAUUAUCUAAAGAUGUCAAACUGCAAACUAGUAAUCAUUUUAUAAAGCAAACUGCUAGCAUUUCACUGCUUUUAUAGCUUACUUUGUACAGCUCCUCUUAAAACAGCCAUCUCUCUGCUACUUACAUAAGUGUGGAGUACAGCUGCCUUGCAACAAAAUAUGUUCAUCUUGUUAAAGCCAAGAGCAUCUUAAUUUUAAAAAAAAAAACUGAAUUUUACCAUGUUUGUUUUUCUGCAGUUGCUUCAGGUCAUUGCCUUUUAAAAAUAUUCAGACUUAAAAUAUUUAUAUAAAUAUUAUUUAUUAGUGAGUUGUUAUUCAUCCUUUGGAUGCAAAAUGUAAAUUAGGAAACUGUAUUUUAUUACUGCUUUUUUGUGGUUAAACACUUUAUUUUAAUAUAAAUAUUUAGUUAUUUUUAUUCUACUUGGUGUGCAGUAAUUCUAGGUAUCCAUAUUCAUAUUUUCUAAUAUGUAUGAUAAACAAUAAAAAAUAGGUGCUUUAAUGAAAAGAACGUUAAGCUGGGAUGACAUUCUUUGUAUUUGGGUUUGUGGAAGAUUGGUAUAGUUUGUCUGCAUUCCAGUUAGUGUCUAACAUUCCAGCACCACUCCCCCCACCAUUAGAUGAAAUUGGUUGAACUAAAGAGAAGCACACCUUUUUAUUUGUAUAUAGCUAUUAUUAAAAAAAAGGAAAGAUUAAACUUGAAAACAUAAAUGUGAACAAAUAUUUUUGAUUGAUACUUAUUUUACUAUGCACAAGACAUUAAACUUUUAUUACAACAAAUAAGUGAUGUGCAUUAGCAUCACAUGUCUUGAAAUAUAAUUUUGCACUGUAACUUGAGUAAUUUUAAAAGGAUACAGCACUAUGGAAGAAAUAAAAAGUAGCACAAGAAAGGUGGGAAAAAAGAACAUUGACUACAUAGUCAAAAAUGCUUGCUUUUUUAAAAAAGAGGUUCUGUCAAGAAAAUAUAAUUUCAUUGCAAUUGCAAAAGCCUGAUACUCCAAAUACGUACUGUAGGCUGCAGUGCUUACCACUGUGAGUGGUCUCUUGCAAUUAAUGAACUUCCGUGGUAUUUCUCAUAUUACUAUGCACACUGCUCUGUAAUGAGUAUUUGCAGGAUCAGACAGACCCCUUGUCUCAGUUCAGCAGUAAGAAUUAAAGAUUUUUUUGUUCCUUUUAAUAUCAAAAGGAGGUUUUAAAACUCUUAAUUUAUUGUUCAGUCAUUAUCAGACCAAUAUUUUUGGUAGAAAAGUUCUAGCACAGUCUUAGGAACAUCCAUUUUCUUUUGUGUGGAGAUCCAGUGGUAUAAGUAAUUUAGGCAAACAAGACAGGGAAGUUGCAUGUGGUAAAAAGGAUGGCUGUUAGGGGUCCAUGUAACAUUUAAGAAGGGAGAGUCAGAAACGCAUUACAGCAAAAGUGAGACAAGAUAGAGGGUGAACUGAAUAAUAAAAAUGGCUAUGAAGAGAAAUAACAAUCAGUUUAAAAGAAUGUGUACACUUGUCACAAUAUUGCAUAUUCAAGGCAGAGUUAUAUGAGUGUUCUCACAAAAGACACUGCAUUUUAAAAAUGACCAGUAUUCCAAUUAAUUAUAUUUUUAAUCCUGAAUAUGUACAGUGUUUGAAUCCAGACUCUGCGAUUUUAACAUCACAGAUUAUGGCACACAAUCAAUAACAAUCUGCUAGGGAAAAACGUAAACUCAGGCACAAUAUAAUGAUAUAUAAAAUAUGGAUGGAAUAGUCAGUUAUUUCAACCAAAACAAAAGCACUUGUUCUAUAGCAGGAACAUUGACUUGCAUUGAAAUUUUGAUUGGCAGCUAGCAUAUGGUUCCCUAUACAAUGUAAUUGUGCACUUUAACACUAAAUGUAAACAUUUUAAUAUUUUUCAGAACUGCACAAAAAUCUGUUUUGUCAAAUAGCACGAACAAUAUAAAGAAAAUAGGUUUUCAACUCAGUGUAUCAAACUUUGAAAGCAUUCAGAAAUUGACUAUUUACAUAGGAAUAUUGAUUGCUGCAUUGAGGGUAAAAUGCUGGUUCCUGAGUAUUUUUUUGUUACAAUGUAUAUACGCAACAUGAAGCAUUGUAAUUAUUAUUUUGACAAAUCCUGUUUUUCAUAAUUAAAAUUUGUUUUUCUCCUAAUAGAGACUUUCAAUAUUUGCUUAAAGUUGACUGUAAAUAGCUCUAAAUAUUUUGUAACACAGCUUUUUUAUUCAGUCUUAACCUGUAUGGCUAAAAAGAGUCUUCAUGAAUCUUUGUACACUCUUUAUAUGUGCAAUAAAAACUGCAUGGCCUCCUGUCAAUACCAUAAACAAUUAACAUUGUGUAUAUAGUGCAAACCUUACUCUAGCUGCAAUUAAGCCAUUUUAUUUGUAUUCAUUUACUGAUUGUACAAAUUCUCAGGUAUGAGACCAUCAGUCUAUAGCUGUUGAAGGAAAUCAGAAGCAAAUAAAAGGAGCAAUACUGCCUUUUUUGGAAACCAACGAGAGCUAACUGAAGGUCCUUUGAUCUUACAGACUUCUGUUUUUCCAGACAAGUUGCUAGAAACCACCAUGCAAAUAGACAGUUGCAGUGUUUGGGUUGUUAUGGGUGUGUUCUUCUGGCCCAGCUGUAUUUCACUGGAAAAGCUUCCUUUGAUGCAUUCUGUGCUGAGACAACAGUAAAAUCUAUGUAGAUAUCUUCUCUGCUUAAAUCAGUCUGCAACUUCACUGGAUUAUAUUAUGAUCCUGCUUCAGUUUCUAGUCUAUUUGCCCACGAUUUGGGACAGUAGAGCUGUGGGGUGACAUAACUACUGGAAGAAAGGGGGAAAAAAAAUCAGGAACCUCUCUCUAAUGUGGGAUUAAAGGCAGAAACUUAUCUGAUCAUUUUACAGACCUGCAACUAGUCCCUAGAAAGUAAGGUUUGGUAAGGAAAUAAUUGUACCUGUUUUCCUCAGCAUUAAAAUAACCUCUACAGGGGUAUAUACUUUAACUUGUUGCUCUUUACAGCUGAGAAGAAAGGUCUCUUUCCUGAAGGCUUUACAAUCCGAGGCCUGAGGCUCUAACUACCAUGACUAAUACCCUUGAUUGUGGUAGUAAUCCCUGUGUCUAAGUCAGGGCUACUUAACUUUGGAAGCCCUGGGGGGCCACAAUGAUACUGACAGCACAUGCCGUGAGCCACCACUUAAGUGUGGUUGCAUAUAUAUGCAAAUAGCUUUCAUACAAAGAUUAGGCAAGACUACACAACUCACAGGCCCCAUUCUGUUUUUCUGCUCCAUGAGGUGAUAGCAUCACAAAUGGCAGAGAUUCUGCUACAGUGCCAGUUGUCAUGUCAGUUACUGCAAGGUCAGCAAAUCUUGGCAGGAAGAAAGAAAGUUGGUGUGAAAAAUAGUGUUACAGUUGCAGUUGCCAUGAGAGGGAUCUAGUUUCCUAAAAUCAGCCUUCCAGUGACUUCUGUUGGUAGUCAAAGGAGCAAAUGCAUUUUAUUGAGCUGGGACUUGUCUUAUUGAAGCUUCUUUCAGUUAAUUUUCUUAAAUCACCUCUCUGUGGUGCUCUCUGAAACAAUUGCUCGUAGAAAAGGGCCUCAGAGGGAAAUUUUAAAAAUAGAUCUUGUACAUGCAACAAGUAUGAGCCUGUUUUCUCAGAGGCUGGUGGUGAGCUGUGUUUUAUCACAACAUACCACUCUGCCUACCAUUGCUAAAUGACCCUGUUUAAUAAUAUAUUUAAGAUACAUCAAUGAUGUAAUAUUUGAAAGAAAAUACAGGGAGUAAAAUUUUAAGUUUAACUUCAAAGGAAAUGCAACAACUUUUCACACCUGCUUUUAAUACUUUAUAGCACCCACAUGCCUGUCACUUGUUACUGUAGAAUGAUAAAUGUCUAAGAUGCCGGUAGGAAUUGUGUAUUUUAGUUAAAAUGGUUUCUGCUUAGUUACAUGUAUAGGUUGUCAAGGAAAUGCCCUGUGAAUGGCAUAUUCUGAGUAGAAGCUCUCUAGCUUCCACUGAAAAAUUUACUUUGCUCUUGGUGAGAUGAGCAUCAUACAAAUUUCAAAUGAGGAUAAAUUAAUAGUUUGCAAAGUUCCAUGGCAGCAGAGCUACCAUUCCUUUUGUACAGCAAAGUAAACUGCAGUGAGGAGGCUGUGCAAAUUACCUCUGCAAUACAUACAGCUAGUGGCAGGAGUAAAGGGCUGGAGAGUCCUGUCUCCCAUCCCCAUAAGGGUAGAAAUAAUACCCAACAGAUAAUCUGCCAGGCUAUAAAACACUUCAAACUCUAUGCACUAAUCACUGCACCAGAUGUUGCUGCUAAGUUACAUGGCUAUUUCAGAAUAAACGAAGAGAUGUUUUACAUAUUUACACAGUUGAUAAUUGUCACCACACCAUCACAGAUGUCCUACAACAGUGUUUCUCAACCUUUUUUAUAAAGUACCUCCUUUUAAAAAAAAAUUAUAA